UUUCUCUUGCUGAGCUCUCUGCACCGCGUGUUGAGGAAACAGUCUGAGGAGAAGCUAAACUUCAGUGCUCUCCUAGCAGGGGAGCUUCAAAAUAGAUACACAGGACUGUUGACAAAAUGUUAGUGCUAUUUGAGACCGCUGCUGGCUACGCCAUUUUUAAAGUCCUCGAUGAAUCCAAGCUGCAGCAAGUGGACAGCCUGUAUAAGGAGUUUGAAACUCCUGAAAAAGCCAACAAAAUACUGAAACUGAAGCACUUUGAGAAGUUCCAGGACACAACAGAGGCCUUAGCAGCUGCCACCGCCCUUGUUGAAGGAAAACUUGGCAAGAGUUUGAAGAAGGUUCUGAAGAAAGUUGUAGCCAAAGAAGCUCAUGAACAGCUGGCCAUUAGUGAUGCUAAACUGGGUGGAGUCAUUAAAGAAAAGCUGGACCUGAGCUGCGUUCACAGCCCCGUGGUGGCUGAGCUCAUGAGGUGCAUCAGGGCCCAGAUGGAGGGCCUCAUCUCUGGACUUCCUCCCAGGGAUUUCAGUGCUAUGUCACUGGGCCUGGCUCACAGUUUAUCCCGUUACAAGCUCAAGUUCAGUCCAGACAAGGUGGAUACAAUGAUUGUGCAGGCCAUUUGUCUUCUGGAUGACCUGGACAAGGAGCUCAACAACUACAUCAUGCGCUGCAGAGAGUGGUAUGGCUGGCACUUCCCUGAGCUGGGAAAGGUCAUCACGGACAAUCUGGCAUAUUGCAAAAGCGUCCGCAAAGUCGGUGACCGUACAAACGUGUCUAGCACUGAUCUGUCAGAGAUCCUCCCAGAGGAGAUUGAAGCAGAGGUCAAACUAGCUGCAGAAAUCUCCAUGGGAACCGAAGUCUCGGAGCAGGAUAUAGGCAACAUCCGGCACCUGUGUGAUCAGGUCAUUGAGAUUUCAGAGUACCGUGCUCAGCUCUAUGACUACUUAAAAAACAGAAUGAUGGCCAUCGCCCCAAACUUGACAGUAAUGGUGGGCGAGCUGGUCGGCGCACGCCUCAUCUCGCAUGCUGGAUCCCUUCUGAAUCUGGCAAAGCACCCAGCCUCCACAGUGCAGAUCCUCGGAGCAGAGAAGGCUUUGUUUAGAGCCCUGAAGACCCACAAAGACACUCCAAAGUAUGGUCUUAUAUAUCAUGCAUCUUUAGUGGGUCAGACUUCAGCUAAGAACAAAGGCAAGAUUUCCAGAAUGCUGGCAGCUAAAACAGCCCUGGCUAUUCGAUACGAUGCUCUCGGCGAGGACACAAAUGCAGAAAUGGGAGUAGAGAACAGGGCCAAGCUGGAGGCUAGACUGCGACAGUUGGAGGAGAAAGGAAUCCGAAGAAUCAGCGGAACAGGCAAAGCAAUGGCAAAAGCAGACAAAUACCAACACAAGAGUGAAGUAAAAAUAUAUGACCCUUCUGGCGACUCGACGAUUCCGUCCACCUCAAAAAAGAGGAAGUUUGAGGAGGUCGAGGGGGAGACAAGUGAACAGAGCCCUGUAACUCCGGUGGUCAAAUCCAAAAAGCCCAAAAAGGAAUCACUGACAGAAGAGCAAGAGACCGAAACAACAGCAGCAGCAGAAACUCCCAAGAAAAAGAAGAAAAAGAAGGAUAAGAAGGCAGAGGAGGAACCCGAGGAGCCAAAGGGGGAAGAGGAGGUGGCAGUAAGUGAGUCAACAGAAAAGAAGAAAAAGAAGAAAAAAAAGGUGAAGGAGGAAGAGGAUGAAUAGAGUUCAGACAGUGUAUAUACUUCAUUUUAGUUUUUAUUUUGUUCUAAGCUUGCGUCAUACAUUAUCUCCAAAAGACAGCAGUAUUUUGUGCCUAUUUCCUGGCAUGGACGAGUACAGUGGAAUUCAGCAGAUCUCAUUUUACGGAUGGGAGAGAAAGUCUCUCCAGUUAUGAGUGAAGACUUUAGUAGUUUCUAAUGUGUUUAUAUUUACCAGCCUAAAUUCACAGUUUCUAUGUUAAGCCAUCUGUAUAAGACAGGAUCAAAUGUGAACGACGAGAUGAUAAAUGCAGAUUUCUCAUUUCAGUCGUGUCACAGUGUUCUGUUUUCACAAUAAACUAAACCUGUGCCCUAACUGAAUAAACUUCUAUAAUUUAUAAAAAUGCAUUAUCAAAUUUUCUUGAAGCCAAUGUACAGAAAACAAAACUAUAGAUUUUUCUGCAAGGUUUUUGGACAAUGUUUUAUGUAAUUUUCUAAACUCAACUUAUUGGAAAUGUAUAUGGUUGUAUGACUAAUAAAUAUCAAUAAGCAGGA